AUGGCGACAAUGGACUAUAUAGAGAUUCCAGAGGGGGCGACGCGUCUGCGUGGCAUGUCGGACCAGCAACAUCAACGAGACGAUGAGAAACAACACCACGAUGUGAGGCCAGCAGCCAAAAUAACCACGUCUAUCCCAAACCCAUCCCCUCCGCACUCACCGACACCGCGUACGCGGCGGCAAUCACUUUUGUCGACGACAGCAAACUCGCUGAAUUCGCCAACGUCUGCGAUGUCGUUCAUACCCCAGAUGCUGCUCUCUGCGGCGCUUCCACCCGUUAGUCCCGGAUCACCCACAUCGACAACGCCGACACUACCGAAUCUCAAAAGAACGGGCCUGCCAGAGAGCUAUACGUUGAUGUCAACAAAGGACCCGCUGUCGUUGCCGAUCAUGUCAACCAACUUCAAGCGGUUUGUGACGAUAAUAGGGCCCGUCUUCUGGCUGCAAGACCGAAUAGAGGAAAUUAUAUUAUGGAAAAGGGGUACUUUGAGGACAGCUGUCUGGAUGGCUGCAUAUGCAUUUAUUUUGUUGAUUGGAGUUAUUCUGGCGACAUAUCCUUAUCCUGCAUCGGCUUCUGCUGAUCCUUUAUACUCCUCCAGUGACGCCAACUCGGCUUCGCCACCCUCAACAUCCCCUCCCAUGGAAGGCAUCGUGCCUUGGCAAGCCAACAUCCAAGGCAUCCAAAAUCUCAUGGGUGCAGUUGCUGACCUGCACGCACUCGUCGAGCCGCACGUGUACCACCUCAUCCUUACCCCUCAACAUCUUGCAAAGUCGACCCCAAAAUCAACUGCUCAGUCUACGCAAGACAGCAGUACCGGUACCACCACUUCCCAAUUCCCCCGUUCACCAUACACAACACACAUCCUUACCCUCCUCGUCGUCACAUUACCCCCUUUACUCCUGCUUAUCCAUCUACCUAUAUUCCCGAUUAGGGAGGUUUGUCUCUUCGGUGGCCUGGCACCGUUUGUCUUGACACACCCAUAUGUACGGUUGCUGAUACCUCUCCUCUGGGGCAUGGCUAUGGACACUAUGCCUGUCUUGCUUGCACGGUGGCGGCGGGUGAGGAAUCGCAUAACUGCCAAAGGUAGGCGAAAUGGGGGUGGUGACGAAACCAAAGACGCUGUUCCAGAGAAGAUGCUCCCCUUGUCGAUGAUUGUGCAAAGAAUCAUUGAUGAUGAUCGUCUCACUGACGAGUGCUGGAAUUCGGAGAUGAGGGAGGUGCAGUUGUGGGAGAAUGAGAGAUACGGAGAUUCAUCUAUUCUUCUUGGUGCAUCAUCCUCUUCUUCGUCCAGUUCCAUGUUCCUUCCCCCGCAAAAAGGAUGGAGCAAGUUGAAUUUGCGGCCAGGAGAACGAGGUGCAUGGACGAGGGGUCAAGAUGGCUGGAGUGGAAGCGGCGGGGGAGGAAGUGCGAAUGCAGAUGGAGGUACAGUUGAGGUCGGAGUCGGUGGGGAAGUCAGUAGCAAUCUCACAUUUUCGCUCGCUCCUGGCUGGCGGUUCGUCGAGACAGAGGACUGGAGGAAGGAUCUCAAGUGCGAAUGGUCGGGUUGUGGAGGGGACCCGGACGGCUGGGUGUAUACGAACGAUGCCUGGCUGGGCUCGCGGCCGGCACCAUACACGUCUGGUGGGGGCAGCGUUACCAGGAGAAGGAGGUGGGUGAGGAGAGUAUGGUUUGAUUGGAAAAAAGCGAAAGAAGAUUCGUAA